GUCAAAAAAUAAGAAUGAAUUGUUAAAAGAUCAGAGGCUUUUUUAAAUUCAAAACAUGCGAUGAUUGCACUUUCUUUUAAGUAUAGGUAAGUUACGAGAGUAGCUUCGGAUCAGACGUGAGAUAUGACGGAGCAUGACUGGGUACUAAAAACGAGACACAUCAAGCUAGAGCCUUGAGCCAUUUUUUAAAUUAAAAAAAAAGAAACUUAAAACUACUAUUUCCGUGCUUUUUUUGUGAAUUUUUAUGGCAUCAACCCUACCUUUUAAACCUCGAACGCAGAUUUGUUCGCUGGAAAACAGUAAAAGUAAUGAUAAUGAAGUCUCGAAUACCAAAUGAAUUUGGUUAACAAUAGAUCAAACAAAUUUAUCAUUUUUGGAAUUGAUUCGGUAAAUGUAUAUAUAAAGGUAGCGGUCGUAUAUAUCUUAUUGCCUUCGCCUUCCGAGAAAAAAAAAAAAAAAAAAAAAAAAGACAAAGAUAUAGUACUCUUUUCUCAUCAAAUUCUAUAUGGGAUAUAAUUGUCUUUUGAAAUUGUCAAAACACCUGCUGCAUUGGGUAUUUCGAAAGAUAUGUUUACUAACGUACUUUUCGUUACUUUGCCCAAAACUGUUUAACAAUACACUGCGCUAAAACUAGCAAGCUUCCUUACUUUGAUGCAAAAAGAAAAUGCAAAUCCUUUCCUUCACCUUGCUUUCCACCUAAAGGAGAAGACGAGCCAACAUGUCAGCCAUUGGAUCUUUGGUGUUUUGCUCUGAAUGCGGAAAUCUUUUAGAAAGUACUACGGCACAAUGGACGACGUGUGAUCAAUGUCAAUCUGUUUAUCCCUCUUCGCAAUUUGCAAAUUUGGCUGUUGAAACAAAAAGUGGUCCAAAUGCAUUUCCUUCUGCUUUAAAGCUAAAGCAUAGCAUUGUCCAGGUGGAAACACAAAAGGAGGAAGCUGCAACGAUUGACGAAAAGUGUCCUAAAUGCGGUAACGAUCAAAUGACUUUUCAUACCUUACAAUUGCGAAGUGCUGAUGAAGGCUCUACUGUCUUUUAUGAAUGUCCUAGGUGUGGUUACAAAUUCAGUACGAAUAAUUAAAAAAAAGGAAAGGUGUUUGUAUGUUUGGUAGCAAAUCCCCUAUUAUUCUUCUGAUCGUAUUCUCUCAAGCGUAAUUUGUCCUUUGAGAUUUCAUGAAAUAUCAGUUGAGGGAAAGGGAUUCUUUUCUACAUUUAAAAUAUUCUUUUUGGUUUGGUUUAUUGGUUAAGCGUAUAAUAUAUAUCUUUUUUUUUUUUGUUUGGAUUAGGUCUCUCAUAUCCACCAUAUUCUUUAAUCCCCUGGAGACGACCAUUAUCCAUGUAUAAACGGCGUUUGAGUUCUAAUCUUAUCAAAAUGGAUUAGUCUGUUGCAUACUAUAGAAAGCUUUUCUGUCCUUUACAGUCGUUUAGUUAUCUCCUUUCUAAUAGUCCGAUAUAUGCUUAAAAGUCAUACAAUGAAUAAUAGAGGUUAUAAUGUUUCUGAUA